AUGGGUUCCGCCGAGCUCCUCCACAUACAGCCUCAGGAGCUUCAGUUUCCCUUUGAAUUGAGGAAGCAGAUCUCAUGCUCUUUGCAGUUAUCUAACAAGACAGACAACUAUGUGGCUUUCAAGGUUAAGACAACAAAUCCGAAGAAAUACUGUGUUAGACCUAACACUGGAGUUGUGAUGCCUAGGUCUACAUGUGAUAUCAUAGUAACAAUGCAAGCACAAAAGGAGGCACCCCCUGACAUGCAAUGCAAGGAUAAGUUUCUCCUUCAGAGUGUAGUUGCAAGCCCUGGUGCAACCACAAAAGAUAUCACUCCAGAAAUGUUCAAUAAAGAAUCUGGUCAUGAUGUUGAAGAGUUAAAGUUGAGAGUUGUUUAUGUUGCUCCUCCUCGACAUCCAUCCCCAGUUCGAGAAGGAUCUGAUGAAGAUUCGUCACCUCGUGCUUCUGUAUCUGAAAAUGGGCAUUCAAAUGCCUUGGAAUUUACUGCGGCUUCAAAAGCUUUCAAUGAGCGGGGUGAACAUCAGGACAGUUCUUAUGAGGCAAGAACUCAUAUUUCAAAGGUAACCGAGGAGAGGAAUUCUGUUAUUGAGCAAAACAAAAGACUUCAGCAAGAACUGGAGCUUUUGAGGCGUGAAGGCAGCAGUAGCCGCGGGGGUAUACCAUUCAUGUAUGUAGUUCUUGUUGGCAUCAUUGGCAUCAUUUUGGGUUUCCUAUUGAAGAGGACGUGA